AUGGAGGACACUCCGGAAAGCGUCCUGAAGCCUCCUGACAACAACGGAAAGCCAAAACCGUCGCAUGAGAAGGAUGCCAAGGUGAAGAAGAACGACGAUGAUGAUGAUUUGGGCAGUGAGAAGAAGGAUUUGGAGCCGAAAGAGAAAGAGCAACGUGCGGAAAUGAUCAAAAAGUGGGCUUCUGCGGUGAUGAUGAGCACUCCACAGCAACUGACGAAAGAGUACAAAGCCGUCGGAAAUAUUGUAAGAUAUAAAUAUCUUUCUCCGAUGGCUCGAGAGCGUAAAUAA